CGAGCAUGCAUAAGAUUGCUUACAUUAUGAUAUUAUAAUUACAGGUACGAGCCGCUACUGCAGUUGGUUUGGGAACCAUUGAAGAAAUAUCUCUUGCUGUGGAACCCGGAGCCCCGUGGAAACCUGAUGAAACCGACAAAAGUCCUCUCACAAAAAUGUCGAACACUAGCGUCGUCGAUGAUGAGAAGAUGAUUGCUGUUCUGUUGCCAAAGGCAUUUCUCUGCAAUGAUUUUAAUGGUGAAUCAAUACAGUGGGGUGUAGUUGUUGCACAAGACAGCGCAGCAAAUGAAGCUUCAUUUGUUGGAAGCUUGACUGAAUACCAAAUUUUCAAAGAUGCGCAUUACACAACGUGGUCAGACGUCAAAGAUAAGAGUGUUAUACAACCGUAUGUAGCCACUUCACCAGAAUGGAGGCCACUGUGUGCGGUCGAAUCUAAAGUUAAGGUUCACUUCACAGAAACAGACAUGAACGUCAAAGAUCACAACAACAAAACAGUCAACGUUUUUGCCUCAAAACGAAGGCGACGCGAUGCAAAUGUAAGCGACACACAUUUGAUCUUCGUCAUUGGCAAUGAACAUUGUUUAAACAAUCAGAAGUACUGCAACGGCCCUUUGCAUCCAGGAAGGUCCUAUCGGGUGAAGUCAUAUGCCUGUACGACAACUGGAUGUACAGAGACAUUGUACUCACUCCCUAUCUGGACCGGCGAUGACCGAGUUUCAGCACCAGUUUCUAAAGUUCUCAAUGACAUCACGGUACUCGGCGGAUGUGCAGGGGCAGUUGUUUGUAUUGCUUUGGUGGUCGCUAUCGUGUGCAUUAAGCGAUCGAACAAACUAUGUUUCAAAAGCAAGAUGACUGAUCACAGAGCAGCAGAAGUGAAUAUAUAUCUCAACGAUUUAGACUAUAAUAUGUUCAGACCUGGCAGGGUCAAUAUUACAGACUUUCCAGCAUACGUCGACCAGAUGCACAAAAGUGAUAACCGUCUCUUUAGACAGGCUUAUAAGAUGCUGAAAGAUAAAAAUUCCGUUCUUCCUAUAACAGCAGCUUUAUCUGAGGGCUGCCUGCAAAAGAACCGCUUCGUGGACAUAUUACCGUUUGAUCAUUCACGUGUGAAGCUCCGCCAAACAGACGAUGUUGAUGGAGCCAACUACAUCAACGCAAAUUACAUUCCGGGAUAUAAAUCUCGAGGAGAGUACAUCGCCACCCAGGGUCCGUUACGCACAACAUUUGAAGACUUCUGGCGAAUGAUCUGGGAACAGAAGGUGGACAUCAUUGUUAUGCUGACGAAUCUGGUGGAAAAGGGAAAAUUCAAGUGUGACAUGUAUUGGCCGGACAACGAGCAAGUCUUUUACGGAAAUCUUCUUGUCUCAAAACAAUCUGAGAGGGACCUGUCGUUCUACAAACUGCGUAUCUUCGAAAUAAAACUGAACAAGGAGCGCAGGAGUAUUAAGCAUUUUUGGUUCAUUAAAUGGCCAGACGCCGGGUGUCCAGAAAAGCCCAAACUGUUUUUAGAAUUUGUACAAGCUGUACAGAAAGCAAGGGCCCCUGCAGGAAAUGGUUGUCCUUUUGUGGUCCAUUGCAGCGAUGGAGUUGGGAGAACGGGAACCUUCAUCGCGGUGGAUCAUCUUCUGCAGCAUAUCCGUGACCAUGAAGACGUAGAUAUCUUCCAACUCGUUUUAGACAUUCGAGAACACCGGUGUAACAUGGUGCAGACUGAGGCUCAGUUCGUUUUCAUAUAUGACUGCUUGAAAGCGUUUCUCACAGUCGGUCAUGACAGUGACGGACAUUUGUAUCAAAACACCCACAUUGAAACCGAACAAAAGGAGCACACGUACGAAGCAUUGAAUUUCAGAAGAAAUUAGUGUGAAUUUAAGGCUUGUUUGCAAGUCGUCAAUUUAAUAGAUAAGUAAUUAAACACAAUUACAACAUGUUCAUUGACUCAAUUAAUAUAUUUCAAUAUAUCUGAAAUCAAGUCAUUAUUCAAGAAAUUAAGCUGUUAUUGCUUCGAGUGUCGAACGUAUGCACAUUUUAAAAAUUCUUUACUAUUUAUAUUCAUUUUAUUAUAUUUAUGUUCGCAUUUGUAUUGACUUAC